AUGGUCGCAAGUCAAGCCGCCCAGGCCGCCAAGAACAAGGCUCGUCAGCUCAUGUGGAAGAACUGGUAUGCUCCCGAAGUUCUUCCCAUCUACGUUAUCACUGGUCUCGCUGCUGGUGGCGCCACCUGGUACCUGAGCCGACUCGCGCGCGGCCCGGACGUCAUCUGGGACCGAAAGAACAACCCCACCCCUUGGAACAACGUCGAGCCCGGCACCAACACCAAGAUGAUGUCGGUCAACCAGCAGUUUGAGAAGCAGUACAAGCGCGACCGUCUCUAG